UCUUAAAUUCCUCCUCAUCUUCACCUACAAUUUCCCUAGUACUAGAUCUUGCUACGUCAAUCAACCAACUAACGCAAUCCCCCAUGCUUCACGCAACCUCACCUUCUUAAGCUUCUUUCACCUUGGCUUGCUUCUUAAACCCAACCCAUUCGCCAUUCAUGAAUGGUCAAUUGCAGGCUGCAUGGAUUCCCCCAAAAAUUCCUCUAGCUCUUUGAAUAUUGGAGAGCGAAUUUGCGCUGCGCUUUUGCCAUUCGCAGCCAUAAUUGAGGUUUUGAUUUUCGCUGUCACCAAUUGCUUCGAGUUACGCCAUCAGAUUAAGAGAACUACUUACCGCUUGAGUGAUAUAGCUCGCCUUGCCAAUGAAUCUCCAUUUACCGUUAAUGAAUUGGAGGCAUUGUAUGAGCUCUAUAAGAAGUUGAGUUGUUCCAUAAUUGACGAUGGGUUGAUUCACAAGGAAGAACUUCAAUUAGCACUGUUUCAAACUUCUUAUGGCAAGAAUCUCUUCCUGGACAGGGUUUUUGAUCUUUUUGAUGAAAAUAAAAAUGGUGUGAUUGAGUUUGACGAAUUUGUCCAUGCCCUCAGUGUUUUCCAUCCCUGUGCCCCUUUGGAAGAAAAAAUAGAUUUUGCAUUUAGGCUGUAUGAUUUGAGACAAACUGGAUUUAUUGAGCAAGAAGAAGUUAGGCAAAUGGUGAUUGCCAUUCUGAUGGAAUCUGAUGUUAAUUUGCCGGAAGAACUUCUUGACGAUAUCAUAGAAAAGACAUUUGUUGAAGUGGAUGCUGAUAAGGAUGGUAAAAUCAGUAAAGAUGAAUGGAAAGCUUUUGUGAUAAAACAUCCAUCUCUACUGAAGAAUAUGACUCUUCCUUAUUUGAAGGACAUAACCACUGCAUUUCCAAGUUUUACUUUUAACACUGAGGUUGAAGAUUGAAUCCGAAACUUUUCGUAGCAUUUCCCAAACAAGGUGUUUGGAGGAUUCAGUUGCACACAGAACUGCUUUGUAUAGUAAAUCAUGUUGUUUUGCUUGAAACAUGCAUUCAACCUGGAGAGAGGGAAGUCAUUGCCUUUGCAAAGCAAGACCAUAGUGGUGGAAGCGGCAGCAGCAGCAUGACAAAAUCAUUCUGAUCAAUCUCUGCCAAUCAUAGGCUAUGGGAUUUCAUUUUUUAUGGUCUAAUCUAACGCCUGUGCUGUACAGUUUUUUGGAAUGAAACUGUUUAGUUAUUACCCCAAAUUUGGCAUUUAUUAAUGUUAAAUAUGCCCUCCAUUUGUCUUCCCCUCGUACUCAAUGUUUUGUUUAUAGUGGCGUAUGUUUUGUGAUGAUAUUUUAAUCAAAACGCAUCUAAAUUUUUAUUCA